AUGCCUCAAAAGCGCAAGCGAGGAGACCAAGACCCCGCUGAAUCCCAAUCCCAAUCGCAAUCCGCCUCUGUUUCUGCUUCUGCCUCCGCACCCAAACCGACCUCUUCCGAUCCUCAAGCUAAACCCACCGUCGCGCGUAGGGCGACGCGUCAAACCCCGGUUCUACCGCCAGCAUCACCAGCAUCACCAGCACAACCUCAACCUCAACAACGUACCGAAACUGCUGUUCCGCCGCCUGUAAUACCGCCGUUAUUAUCAAGUUCUCCAAAAACAGCCUCUCCUGAACAGAAGCGCAAUCGUACUUCAGCAGCUCGUCCUCAGCCGUCUCAGGCGCAAUCCAGUACUACCGCCCCAAACAAGGCGCAAACACAGUCACAAACAUCUCCUCCUGUACUGCGAUGGGCUCCGCUUGAACAACCAGGCCCAGCAAUAAGGGCACCUUCACCUCCCCAUUCAUCGACAAUGACGGCCGUUCCACCACCACGACCUACUGCUGCAGGCGGGCGUCCGCUUUCAGAUCUGGUAGCGCCUGAAAUCACAUAUCACGUCCCUCAUUCGCAUAGCAACUCGUUGCAACGACCUUCAGCUCUUGUCCGACCUCAUGGCCCUACAGCGCAACCACCGCGUAUACUCGAACGACCGCCGCCGCCUACAGUUACACCAGUCCACCCUCCAAAGCCCCCUGUGGCCCCGUCAGUACGCCCGCCUCUCCGAACCGACCGCAAUAUCGACAAAGUGGUUUUGGGUAAUAUGUGCUUCAGCACGUGGUACCCUAGCUGUUACGGUAAGGAAGUGCUGGGUGAGUCAUCGCACCAUCUAGCCAAGACUGGCAGCAAAGAGGCGGGUGCCAAGGGCCAGGCCACAGGGGGUACAUCACCGCCUGCAGUCGAUCGUCUUUAUAUCUGCCCCAGCUGCUUCAAAUACUCCAAAGAACUGAUGCCCUGGUGUCAACAUAUGCAUGUAUGCGAGCGGAAAACCCAGAUACCAGGACGCAAGAUCUACAUUCACCCCCAAGGGCGCAGGAAGAUUCUUGUACCGUACGAAAACAAAGCUUCUGGACCCAAGAGACGCAAAGGAGAGGGCAAUGUUCGAUAUGUAGAAGAGUUGGUACAGGACGAAGGAGAAUGGAGCAUCUGGGAGGUCGAUGGAGAGAGAGACGGGCUGUUUUGCCAGAACCUAUCACUCUUUGCAAAACUGUUCCUCGAUAACAAAUCUGUCUUCUUCGACGUCACAGGCUUCAACUACUUCUUGCUUGUCUAUACCCCUCCGGCCCGGCCGACAGACUCCGAACCCCCAUUGCCUCGGAUCACUGGGUUCUUCUCCAAAGAGAAGAUGUCGUGGGAUAGUAACAACCUUGCGUGUAUUCUAAUAUUCCCUCCGUGGCAACGCAAAGGUCUCGGUGCUUUGCUGAUGGGAGCUUCGUACGAGAUCUCACGAAGAGAGGGGAUCUUGGGCGGACCGGAAAAGCCAAUUUCGGAUCUUGGCAGGAAGGGAUACAAACGCUACUGGGCUGGCGAAAUCGCAAGAUGGCUGUUAAGUAUUGACAUGGAAGCCAAGAAUUCUGACGACGAAGUCCUCGUGGAUCUCAACGAUUGCAGCAAAGCGACGUGGAUUCUUCCCGAAGACUGUCUACCAGUACUGCGAGAUAUGGGUGUCGUCGAAGAGGCGGGCUUAGGCCCCAGUAAGCCUGAGGAGAAGCCCGUCCACGAUGAUGCGGAAGAAGGCAAGCAUGAGGAGACGAAAACUUCACCCGCUGCUGAUGGAGUUAAUAAAGGUGUGGUCACAGUAGUAAAAACAGUACCGCGAGUGCGGAUAGACAAGCAAGCGGUCCGUCGGUAUGUAGCAGAGAAUCGGAUCAGUUUAGAGCAUAUGUGCGAUCCUGCUGGGUUCGAGGAAGGCUACGCGAUCAAGACACCUGCAGCGUUGGAAGAUGAAGAGGAGGAGGAAGAGUAA